CGCGAAGCAGCCAGCGGGGCGCUGGGAGACGACGACGAGCAGCGGGCCAAGCGAGAGGCCAUGAGGCGAGAGGCGUGCGCGUCGGCGUCGGCGUCGGCGUCGCCAGCAGCGAGAUGGGCGGCCGGGCCGGGCAAGGCAAGGCGAGGCGAGGCGAGACAAAGCGCGAGGACGAGGACACAGGGGGCAUUAACGACAAAAAUUUCAGAAAAUUAUCACCGUCGGCGCUGUCAUCAAUAUGGAGGACAGGAGCGACGACGAUGCCGUGCCGUUCCGCCGCGUGCCGUUUGGUCGCGAUCGAUCAGCCUGGCCGUCCUGGGCCGUUCGGCCGGCGAGCCGUCGCGAAAACUUACUGUUUGUCACCGUACGAAGCAACUGCGCGUACAACGCGUGUCGACCAGCUCGCGCAAAGACUCGAAGUUUUCACUUACCUGGAGUAAACUCACGAUCGUUCGCGUGAGGGCGUUGUGUAAGAGGCAAUAUGGCCGAUCGAACUGCGAAGGUUCAAAUGCUGCGCUGUGCUGCGCAUUGCAGCUGCGCAUUGCCACGCCGCGCGUCACUCGUGUGUUUACGCUGCGCGAUAGCUGCCUCUGGUAUUUCCGGGUCCCAAGUCCCGGACUGCCGUUGCUUAUCCCGGUGUGAAUCAUGCCUUUGCGCCUCUUAUUUGGAAUUGGACUAUAUAUUUGUAUAUAUAUAGAAAUAGAUAUAUAUAUAUAUACACGCACACACACACCACAUUUAUAUAUAUAUAUAUAUAUAUGUAUUCAUUUUCACGCGAGCAAUCCUGCGAGAUAAAUCGAGCAUUAUGCGCGAUGCAGUGCUAACGAUUUGACUCUCGAGCGAAUAUGUGCAUACAGGAUGUGGGCUGGAAAAAAUGACGUCAUGCAAAAAGAGCGGGAAAUGUAAGGUCGUAUGAAAUAGAAUGAGAAGUUAUGCGGUUUGCAACCAAUCACCUAGGAAAUCAAUUCUUACACGUAUAAAAUUGUUUCGAUAUCAAUUCGUAUAAAUAUUAUCCAAAUAAUUGGUGAAUAAAUAAAUAAAUAAAUAAAUAAUGUCGAUCUUUAGAAGAACACAGAGAAAGGGUUAGCACAGAAAAUCACAUACACAAGAAGUUGAUAAAACGACUUUUACGUUUAUUAAACAAAUGCUCACUGGCAUGUAAAAUAUAUAUUUUAUAAAUCUUUGUAUUUCUUCAAAACAAUUUUUUUCUCUUCAAUUGUACGUUAUAGACAAUACUUUUGUGUGACAGACCAUAUUAUGUAUCUUUUUUUCAAACUAUGUAUGUUGUUCAACUAUAAAGCGAUGUAACAAGCCAUGCCAAUUAUUAAGUACAAUAAUGUUAAAAGUAAAAUUGUAUACAAUCGAAAA